UGACAAUGAUCUUCCAGGGGACAGGUUUAAUCCCUGGGUUGCACAAGAACGUGCAUCAAAGGAUGUCUUGGCCACAUGCACUGCUUUGGUCUGCUGGUGCCUCUGUCUAGCAGAUGGUCAUGCCUUUUGGGUCUGGGGGAGAUCAGCACAGGUUUUGCCCUGGGACCCUGGGAAGUCUCUUCCUUUCUUUUGCAGGAAACCUGCAGCUGCUUCUAUAAAUGCUAAAGAAACUGAGAGCAGUUGGUCAGGAGGAGUCGCAGGUUGCCCCGAGCAGAGUGUGGGCACCCGGGUGUCGCUGAUGCCUCCCUACCAGACGGUGGUGGAACGGCAGGCGCUGGGAAGCCCGCUGCGUGCCCCAGGUGCAGAGCCACCUCACAGUGCUAUUUCCCUCUGCCGGGCGCAGGGGCAGGACAGAAAUGUCUCUCAAGAUAAUGUGGGCGCUGGGUCCCGUCAGCUGCCGAGCUGCUAUGUCCAUCUUUAGCCUGCUCUCCAAUUACCAGCCACCUCCUCCAGCUGCCUCCAAAGAUAGGCAAAGCUACCUCCCGGCGCCUGGGCUAGAAACUGCGGGGAAGCAGAGGAGGGAUCACAGGCAGGGGCGAGAUUGAUGGGAUUUUUGUGGAAGGAGUAAAGGACGCUGCAAGUACUCCUGAGCUAUGGCACUGCUGUGCUACAACAAGGGCUGCGGACAGAGGUUUGAUCCUGAGCACAAUGCCAAGGAUUCCUGCCUGUAUCACCCAGGGAGCCCCAUCUUCCAUGAUGCCCUGAAGGGCUGGUCUUGUUGCAAGAAACGGACAACAGACUUCUCCGAGUUCCUCUCCAUAAAGGGAUGCACAAAGGGGUUUCACAGCAAGGAGAAGCCCCCUGAGCCUUUCAGCCAAGAGGAAACCUCAGACAAGCCAAAGGCCAAACCAGUGGAGGAGCUCAUAAUCCAAGGACCAAAAUCAGCUGAGAAGAUGCAACGGGAAAGACCAAGCUCUGAUGAGCCAAGACAGCUGCUGCCAAUUAAAGUAUCCAGGUCUCUGGAGCAGGCACUGGAGAAACUGAACCUGUCAUCCAAGGAAGAGGCACCUGAGAGCAGUUGUGCAGGGGAGGCAGCUGCCCAGGUGAGAGCUGGCACCACCUGCAAGAACGCAGCCUGCAAGGCGAUCUAUCAUGGCCCGGAGAGCAACGCAGAGGUUUGUACUUUCCAUCCUGGCGUUCCUGUCUUCCAUGAGGGGAUGAAGUACUGGAGCUGCUGUGGGGUCAAAACGAUGGACUUCAGCGCCUUCCUGGAGCAGCCGGGCUGCAGCAGCGGGAGGCACUGCUGGACAGGGAAUGGGAACAAGAAGGCGGUGUCGUGCCGGCAGGACUGGCACCAAACCAGCAGCCAGGUGGUUGUGACGGUCUAUGCCAAGAACCCCCUGCCUGCUCUCAGCAGUGUGAAAGCCAACCGCACCAUGCUUGAGAUUCACAUCAUCUUUGAAGGGAAUAAGAUUUUCCAGGCAGAACUAGAUCUCUGGGGGGUCAUCAAAAUAGAGAAGAGCUUUGUGAGCAUGGUCCCUACCAAGGUGGAGAUCACACUUUGCAAAGCCAGCCCUGGCUCCUGGGCCAGGCUGGAGCUCCUCCAAAGCAGGACACACUCUUGUGGUGAGCCGGAGCAGGAGGCUGCCAACGCAGAGCAGUCUGGGGCAGCGCAAGGGGAGGACUCAGAUGACAGCUUGAGCUGGUCAGAGGAGGAAGAUGAGGAGCUGGAGACGGGAACACCAAGCAACUGA